AUGGAUUGGACUCAGCUUGUUUCUAUAUCACUCUUCUUUAUUCUUCUGACUGUAUUCCUUUUGAAAACGAACAGUUCAUGGAAUAGCAACUCCCAAAACCUUCCACCAAGACCAAGAAUUUUACCCUUUAUUGGAAAUCUCCACAUUAUGGAUAUGAAAAGACCACACAGAACAAUGUUAGAGUUGUCAAAAGUAUAUGGCCCAGUCUUCAGGAUUCAACUGGGAUUCCAGAAAAUGGUGGUAUUGGCUGGAUAUAAAACAGUGAAGGAAGCUCUUGUGAAUCAUGCUGAUGCAUUUGCAGAGAGGCCAAAAAUCCAGCUUUCUGAUGAAAUUAGUGAGGGCUUUGGUAUCCUUUUUUCUCAUGGGGAGAAUUGGAAAGUGAUGCGCCGCUUCACCUUAUCUGCAUUACGGGACUAUGGAAUGGGCAAGAAGACUAUAGAGGAUAAAAUAAGUGAAGAGUGCAGGGUCCUGAUAAAGGCAUUUGAAUCUUAUGAAGGACAACCAUUUGAGAAUACAACAAUUAUGAAUUCCGCUGUUGGCAAUAUCAUAGUGUCCAUUAUACUUGGCAAGCGAUAUCAGUAUGAAGAUCCCACAUUUCAAAGAUUAAUAAAGUUAGUUAAUGAAAAUGUCCAGCUUGCAGGAAGCCCUCCUGUCUUGCUCUAUAAUAUGUUCCCCAUGUUUGGCUUUCUCUUUGGUGUACGCACCAUACUUCUGAAUAACAAAAAGGAAUUGUUUGGUUUCAUAAAGACCACUUUCAUAGAACACCUCAAAGCUCUGGAUGAAAAUGACCAGAGGAGCUUUAUUGAUUCAUUUCUUGUCCGACAGGCAGAGGAAAAGAAAAACAAAGCAGAAAGCUAUUUUCAUAAUGAAAACCUAACUGUUGUUGUGAAUAACCUAUUUGCUGCUGGCAUGGACACAACUUCAACCACAUUGCGCUGGGCCAUGCUACUGAUGAUGAAAUAUCCUGACAUUCAGAAUAAGGUAUAUGAAGAAAUUUCAAGAAUCAUUGGGUCUGCUCAGCCAAGGAUUGAACAUCGAACAAAGAUGCCCUACACCGAUGCAGUUAUCCAUGAAGUUCAAAGGUUUGCUGAUAUUGUUCCAGCAAAUGUUGCACGAGCAACUACAGUGGAUAUAACUUUCAAAGGCUUUUUCAUUCCGAAGGGUACACACAUAGUUCCAUUGCUGACUUCUGUGCUGCAUGAUGAAUCCGAGUGGGAGAAGCCUCAUGACUUCUAUCCUGAGCAUUUUCUUGACUCUGAAGGAAAAUUUGUGAAAAGGGAUGCAUUCAUGCCAUUUUCCGCAGGUCGGAGAAUCUGCUUGGGUGAGACCCUUGCCAAAAUGGAGCUCUUCCUGUUCUUUACGAGCCUCCUACAAAGAUUCACUUUCCAACCACCCUGUGGAAUAUCAAAAGAAGACCUGGAUUUGACACCAGCAAUUGGGUUUACAGCUCCCCCCAUGCCUUAUAAGUGUUGUGCGCUGCCUCGUUCAUAAGAUGAAUCACAAUUCAGUUUCUAGAUUCCUUCAUUUCCAUAUGUGCAUUUCUGAUGUUUUUCAAUCUUCUCUACUAAUUAUGUUUGGUGUAGUCUCUUGGUGGAAAUAGGCUAUGAUUCCUCAUACAUUUUAAAACUUACCUGCUGCUUUCGAAGCAUAAUAAAAGUGGAACUGAGAUAAAAGCUAGCUUAAAAAUGGAGUUCAAUUCUUGUGACAUUCUCUGUAUAAUAA